AUGAAAAUUUCAGCACUUCUCAAAACUCACCAAGCACCAAAGAGUGCUUUGCACACACUGAUUGGAUUUUUGGUGCGAGGACACAAGCUUACGCCUCAACAAGGAGAGGAUAUUAAACACUUUAUGGAAAUGACCAAACUCAGAUUACAAACAGAAUUGAGAAAUAAAGAAUUUGUCGGACGUGCCUUCGGAAAUGAAUCAUCAUCACCAAAUGUUACCGCAUACGUGAAUGGACUGGGAACAGUAAAUAGAGUGGUUAUUGAUGAGGCUCUCUCAAAAUCUGUUCCAAGAAAUCGAUUGAAUAAUUUUAUUGUAGUGGCUGUUGCAAAAGCACUCAAACAACCGAAAGAAUAUGUACACAAUUCUUUGAAGGCUAUGAAUAAUGAAUGUAUUGCUCAGCUGUAUGGAGCAUUGGAGUCCUAUGAUCCAAAGAACGAUACUCUUGUGGAAGAAUCACCACUCCGAUACGCUUUUGUUGUGGACCAAUUACACCUAAGUGCUCUAUAUCAACAAGUUUUGGAAGAGGCAUCCAAGCCUGAGGGAUACCUGCAAGAGGAUGAAGAACUCUUCUAUAAGGAGAAGAAGCGUGCACUCACAGAUGCAGAAAUAGAUUCUAUCAUGCUAAGCGAGAAGGUACCAGACUUGACUAGAAUUUAA